AGAAAUAUGCACUGCAAGUAAGGACGAUGGCUGAUUUACCUGACGGCACAAAACCAAAAUGUUCCUUCAUACGUGUCUCAUAUGACCGAAACAAAAUUCCUACGAUCCCAGAUCUGUGUCUGGGAGAGGCGCACAAUGAUUUCCACCACGUCCAAAACUGCCUUUGCAAAUACAACUACCUGAAGGAAGAUUCUUCUUUCACACCCGACGAGCUCGACGAGACCACAAAAUCUGCCCUUGAGAAGUUUCAAAGCCGCUUCGACAUCCCACAGAGCGGUGCGCUUGACCAGCAAACCAAAGAAGCCAUGGCGCAGCCUCGUUGUGCCAUGCCAGAUCUCCUACCGGGAUCUCUUGAUUCCAGCGUCUCGGGCCCCUGGGACCACGUCGAGCUGAAGUAUGCGCUGGGCAAGCUGUCACGAUCAGUCAGGCGGUCCGUUUGCGAGGAGGCCAUUGACCGGGCUCUAGCCACAUGGAGUAAUACCGGAGUCGGUCUGAAAUUUGAAAAGGUCUCUAAAUUCGACGACCACGAUAUUUUUAUUGAAUGGCGACAAGCAGAUGACCCUGACCACAGUAUGGAGGGAUCCACCCUUGCUCACGCGGACUUUCCACCGGGGUUUUCUCUCAUUGCUGACAUGCCUCCUCUACCUCUCCAUUUCGAUGAUGAAGAGCACUUGUGGACUGACGGCGCUGUUAAGAAUGGGUUCGAUAUUGAGACCACCUGUUUGCAUGAGAUAGGGCACUGCCUUGGACUCUAUCACUCCACCGUGCGAGAGAGUAUCAUGUUUCCAACCGUUUCACCGAAUAUGACAUCGCGGACCUUGGCGAACGACGAUUUGGAAGGUAUCAGGGAUUUAUAUGGCAGUGCUGCCAUUCCAUCCACGCGAUCUGAACUUAAGUAGUCUAAACGCAUCUCGCAGAACACAUCUUGUUCCAACUAACCAUAUCGUCAACUUGAAAAUAAUCGCAAUAUUGCGGAGUUGCGGCGGUAACCUGGUUAUCGCUCUGUUGUUAGGAUCUCUAAUAGCGUGCUUUGCCUAACUGGGAGGCUAAGGCUCAAAAGUUCAUGCUGCUUAGGCCCGGAUAUGGUGAAUUUUGUAAUUCUUUCAGAGAAACGCCGGGCA